UGGUAGAAAGAGACGGAAAAACCUAAUGAGGGCGGGAAGGCAACAGGUGGAUGGAGGAAGAGAAAGUAACAUCCACUAACAAAGACAAUCUGGAGGAGAAAAAGGCAGCUCUUUUGACAGUGUAAAGGAGACUCAAUCUGUUUCUUAUUCUGUGUGGAAGAGUAGUGCUUACUACUGGCUGUUCAGUGCACUCUGUUGCCAUUGGAAAUGAACUGGGGCAACACCUGAGAGGAGGCUGGUCGGGAGCAGAAAGGGAAUGCUUUCUUUCUGGAGAAUUGAGCCGCUGUUAUCCUCACCUGGUGGAUGUACGGGGCGGAGAGAGGCCUGAUUGGAGGGAACAUUCUGGGCUCCGUUCUCAGCUCCGAGGUGGUUAUAUGGCCAGAAGGAAAUCCUGUAUCACACCUGAUCAACUAAAGAAUGCUAUUUUCCACACUUGUGCUGUGACCUACUACAGUACUGAAGCUACUGUAUAUGGAAGAGCCUUCUCUGGCCAGGGAGGAUUUAGGAGUCACGAAGCGACAGGUACAAGUCAACAAGAGACCCUAGGUCAUCUGGGAUUAUAACCUAGCAACAACCAUCACGGGAUAGCAUUGUAAGGCAGACAUCACUCACUUGCUUAUAACACAGUUAUAACAUAGUCAUAGCAUUGUGACGUGACACUAAGUCAGUGUCUUGGUGUGGCUCCCAGGCCCAGACAGCCCACUCCUCUUCACGAUGCAACAGCCAACUGGAGGAGUGGAGCAGCAGGACGAAUCCUUUGAUUUCCUGUUCAAGAUCAUCCUGAUUGGAGAUUCUAACGUGGGCAAGACCUGCGUGGUCCAGAGCUUCAAGUCAGGACAGUUCUCAGAGAGGCAACAGAACACCAUAGGAGUGGACUUCACCGUGCGGACAGUGGACAUCGAGGGCAAGAAAAUUAAGAUGCAGGUAUGGGACACGGCUGGACAGGAGCGUUUCCGGACCAUCACCCAGAGUUACUACCGCAGCGCCCACGGCGCCAUGAUCGCCUAUGACAUCACACGCCACGGAACCUUUGACUCCGUGUCCAAUUGGAUCAGGGAGGUGGAGCUGUACGGCGCGGCCAAUGUAGUGCUCUGUCUCAUUGGUAACAAGUCUGACCUGGAGUCUGAGCGUCAGGUGUUGUUCCAGGAGGCAUGCUGUAUGGCUGAGGAGAGAGGCAUCCUGGCAGCGUUAGAGACCUCAGCUAAGGAGGCCCAGAAUGUGGACGAUGCCUUCAUGAUGAUGGCCCGCGAGCUGCUGGCGCGCAACGGCACUGCCGUCCGGCAACAGGCCCCUAGCAACAAUGACUCGCCCCGCGUCCUGCUCCGAGCCAACUCACGACCAAUCAACGGGCCAGCGGUGAUCACAGACAGGAAGACGUGUUGCUGACAUAGAGAGGAGGAAGGACAACAGAGCGAGUGUAAGAAUGGAUACCUGCGUGUGCCACUGUGUUACCUGGAAGAGGACAGAAUAAGGCAGGGAUCAUCAACUAGAUUCAGCCGCGGGACGAUCUUUUCUGGAACGGAUGGUUGAGGGGCCGGAACACAAUUACAAUUCAUUUGUAAACCACAAAUUGACCGCAAGAUGCCCAAACAGAUAUAGUUUGACGAAACAUAAUCAUUUCAAACCUUGUUCACAUUUGUAUACGUUCACACUUCUCUCCAUUAUGCCUGGGAAUACUUGGGAACAGAUUUCUUCAAUUAAAAUCACUUGGAGCUGAUUUCCUGGUGUUUCAACAAUCUUUAAUGUCCAACAAUAACAAUUCCACAAAGAAAUAUAUAUAUAUAAUAAAUAAAACCCACCCGCGGGCCGCCACCUGGGAAACCCUGGAAUAGGGGAAGCUGAGACUGUUACAGGCAGAACACACACUCCUUUUGUGUGUGUGACUUUAGGUACUAUUGACCUAUGUAGUGGUGUAGCGCAGUUUCUCAACCCCCUGACCCCCCCCCCCCCCCCCCACAAGGUAGGAGCAAUUUAAUUUAAAAAAUGCUAAGUAGCUUUUUUUAUAGCUGAUCUCAUGCUCUUUUCCAUAUUCUGCUGAGAGAACAUGUUGCUGUUUUGGUUCUCAGGGAUUCUUGAAAGACGGGACAAUCUCAACUUUUUCCCACGAAUGUUGGUCUUAAUAUUAACAAAAUGUGAAAUAUAGUUUUUGAUCGACCAAAGUAUCAGCUAUCACACCAUGUAAAUGAAUAACUUCCUAAUGACAUUUUUAAUAAAUCAUCAAAUGCAACUAACUGGAUUUCUGUCAACUCCCGUCAGACACCAUAAAAGGCAUUUUCAUUUACAAUUCUUACGUGUUUAAAACGGCCUUGGAUUGUUUCUCUCUAACAUUAGAUUAUUCAAAUACAAAUCUCCAAACGUCUUUUUGUUUAGUUUUCUGGAUUUAAGACAUAAAACAACAUUUAUAAAACUAACAUCACCCCCAGGUCUAACUCAGCAAAUAUUACAAUUGUUUAACCAUCUGUUGCAGAACAAUGCACAUGUUUUGUCUGAAUAUCGACAACAACAAAAUCUUAAGGGGGUCAGUCGUCAGUGACGGAGUUGACAAGCCACUGAUGUAGUUGGCAACACAUACUGAUACUGCCUCUAAAAAUACAAGUUCAAUACAAACGUUUGUAAAAUAUGGAAAAUUAUUAAUUUCAGCACUCUGACGGAGUUGACGUUAGACGAAAACCCGACAGAGUUGAUGCCUAACAGAGAGGACAAAAAUGGAUGCCUAACAGUGGACAAAAAUGGAUGCUUAAUUCAAGUGGUAUACACAGUAGCAAUGAUGUUUUACUCCGUUGCUUUAUGACUCUAAAACCUAAUUUAAAGAAUAUUUCACUCAAAACUGAGAUUUGGUGAACCUCGUCAGAUUAGUCUAAAAUCUCAAAAGAAUCAGGAUUGAGUAGGGUCAGCUAUGCCAUAAGGACCCCUUGUCGUUAGAUUACGAUAGAAUAUGAAUCUUUGUUAAAAUAUGUUCCAUUUAAGUCACAGAGGGCUCUUGCAUAAAACUACAUAAGAUCGUGUUUCAGUUAAUAUCCAUUAUUACCAUUCUUUAUAUCAUUUUGGGGAGUUUGAAAUUGGGAUCCUUUGCUCAGGACAGGGCAUUUCCAGGCAUAGAGCCGACAUGGAAAUUAAUCAUAUUCAAAGUAUUUAGAAGAUUUGAAAAAUAUAUAUGUAUAUAUAUUGUGUGUGUGCUAUGCCAGUGGUUCUAUGACACUGUGACCUUGUGAGUGUCCCAGGGGAGGAGUGGACUGGGGCAGUGGAUCUGUGACACUGUGACCUUGGGAGUGGACUGGAGCGGUGGAUCUAUGACACUGUGACUUUGUGAGUGUCCCGGGGGGGGGUGGACUGUAGCGGUGGAUCUAUGACACUGUGACCCUGUGAGUGUCCCAGGGGGGAGUGGACUGGAGCGGUGGAUCUGUGACCUUGUGAGUGUCCCGGGGGGGGAGUGGACUGGAGCGGUGGAUCUAUGACACUGUGAC